CGGAAGUGCGAGUUCGCGCGCAGCUGCCGUUUGGGAGUCCUCGGAGUAAGAAUGGCCUUGGAAGGGAUGUACAAACGGAAGAGAAAGAGAAGUGUCCAGGACGGAGAGAACCCUGACGACGGCGUUCGCGGGAGUCCGCCGGCAGACUACAGGGUUGGACAGGUCGCCAGUAGCUUAUUCCGCGGCAAGCACCAUUCCAGAAGUGGCACCGGUCGGCUGGCGUCUCUCUUCAGUUCUCUGGAGCCCCAGAUUCAACCCGUGUACGUGCCUGUGCCUAAAGAAACCAUCAAAAAAACGAAACGGAAUGAGGAGGAAGAAAGUACAUCCCAGAUUGAAAGACCAGUUUUGCAAGAACCUGCAAAAAAACUGAAAGCGAAGAAGAAACACACUAACGCAGAAAAAAAGUUGGCAAACAGGGAAAGCGCUCUAGCAAGUGCUGAUUUAGAGGAAGAAAUUCACCAGAAACAAGGGCAGAAAAGGAAAAAUUCUCAACCUGGUGUUAAAGUAGCAGAUAGAAAAAUACUUGAUGAUAUAGAUGACACAGUUGUCAGUCAAAGAAAGAAAAUUCAAAUCAACCAAGAAGAAGAGAGAUUAAAGAAUGAGAGAACUGUGUUUGUUGGGAAUUUGCCUGUUACAUUUAAUAAGAAGAAGCUGAAGUCAUUUUUUAAAGAGUAUGGACAAAUAGAAUCUGUACGAUUUCGUUCUCUGAUUCCAGCAGAGGGAACUCUAUCCAAAAAGUUGGCAGCAAUAAAACGUAAAAUUCAUCCUGAUCAGAAAAAUAUUAAUGCCUAUGUUGUGUUUAAGGAGGAGAGUGCUGCCACGCAAGCAUUGAAAAGAAAUGGGGCCCAAAUUGCAGAUGGAUUUCGUAUUAGAGUUGAUCUCGCAUGUGAGACCUCAUCUAGAGACAAGAGAUCGGUUUUUGUGGGGAAUCUCCCUUAUAAAGUUGAAGAAUCUGCCGUUGAGAAGCACUUUCUGGACUGUGGAAGUAUCUUGGCCGUGAGGAUUGUGAGAGACAAAAUGACAGGCAUCGGCAAAGGGUUUGGCUACGUGCUUUUUGAGAAUACAGAUUCUGUUCAUCUUGCUCUGAAAUUAAAUAAUUCUGAACUCAUGGGGAGAAAACUCAGAGUCAUGCGUUCUGUUAAUAAAGAAAAAUUAAAACAACAAAAUUCAAAUCCACGAUUGAAGAAUGUCAGUAAACCUAAGCAGGGACUUAAUUUUACUUCCAAAACUGCAGAAGGACAUUCUAAAAGCUUAUUUAUUGGAGAAAAAGCUGUUCUCCUUAAAACGAAGAAGAAAGGACAGAAGAAAAGUGGACACCCUAAGAAACAGAGAAAACAGAAAUAACAACCAGGAACUGCUUUUUCUUUUCCUGUUGAGUACUGCUAAUAAAAGUGCUAUUAUCUGCUGAUAGCAUUGUCUGCUAA